UAAAGUACACGAUGUUACGUUUGUGGUAAAAAUUUUUGCAAACUAAAAUAUGAAUUAAUCCUUAAUUGAGAAUGAAAGUGGAAUGUGUAUAGCCUGCAAAGUUUAGAAUGCAUUGUGUGUGUUUUUUAUAGCAAUGGUAGUAGCUAUAUGAUCUGUUAUAGAUAAAAGGUCAAAUUAAACACGGCGAAUGUAUAGGUUACACUAUACUAAUUAAACCCCUUAUGUAAUUUAAUGAAUAAAACUUCAAUUUUAUUAAAAAAUGCAGUCCACAUGUUGCACACAAAGGAACAUUUUCUGGAUAAUUAUCCGAAACUGAAUGCUUAUAAAUAAGGAAAAGGAAAUAAUGAACUCGCCAAACUACCUAUCCCUGAAAUUUGUCAACAAAGAACUGCUGUUGUCAUGGCAGCCUCCAUUUAACAUAAAAGGUGGACCUCAAGAUGUCAGCAGUUACAUUGUGUUUGCGUCCCCCGUGUUUUUGUCAGGUGGGGACACAUGCUUCUGGCAAAAACUGGAUGAAGUACAGGGAACAAUUUACUGUGUUCCCAAAAAUUACUGGAACACCUCAUCUCCUCAUGUGAUUGGGGUGGUUGCCGUGAAUGGGCUGCAACAAUCUGCUAUGGCCAAAGUGAAACUGCCGUUUCAUGGCGAUGACAGACUGUGCCAAGUUAAAGACAGUUUCCAAUGUCAUGUUCCAGUGAAAACAAACUUGCUCCUGACAGAUGAUGUUACAGGACACUGUAUGGUUGAAGAGGAUUGCUACAAAACACUGAGCUACAUACUUUGUGCCAUACCAAUGGAUGUGAAAACAAUUUACAACAGAAAAAUUCCUAUGUGCAAAAUGAUCAUCAAUAUCAGUCCAGCAAUGAGCAAGAUGAUUGAGACUUCAACGGACAGUAAAGGAAUAAGAAAUGUGGAGCUACAUCUUAGGUUUUGUGAAUAUGACUUGCCACUUGGACAUUGUAAGGACCGUAUCCCUGACUGCAUGGUUUUUGUAGGAUCACAGAGAGUUCAUAUACAGGUGAAUGACAAGGAAUCUUCUGUGCACAGACCAGUUGACAUCACCAGAGCCUGUGCUCUUGCCAAAUAUAACACCACACUGUCAGUGGAAUUAGGUCCUCAAGAAACAAAGAAAUACUGUAUGUUUAUAACGGUGGUGAAGCGCCUUGAAAUGAGAACAAUUCUACAACGGCUUGUGAAGAACAUGCCAAGUAUUAUAGAGGCUAAGCAAUACAUCCAGGGCAGGUUUCAAACAGACUCUAGUGGAGUCCAGUCUACCAGCUACAAGGCAAAACUCUGUUGUCCGAUAGGACAGAGUCGCCUGGUGACACCAUGUCGAGGGGACAGAUGCUCCCACAUCCUGUGUAUGGAGGCUGAGACUCUGGUCAGAAUGAACGAGGGCAAAUCUGUCAAGAAGUGUUUCAUCUGUCAGACGCCAUACUCAAAUAUUGUUGUAGACAAGCUGUUUCUGCUCAUACUCAAGAAGGUACCGCCAUGGGUCACAGAGGUUGAGUUUCAGCCAGAUGGCAGCUGGAGUUACAGCAACAACGCAACUGCAAUUUCAUCAUUAACUCUUGAUGAAGAAGGCAUCCACUCUGGUAUACUAGAAGUGGAUAUGAGUUUACACAUAGAAAAUAACAACAGCGGCUUGGAAAUCCAAAAUUGUGAAAUAUUACCAGAAAGUAUACCUGACCUCAAUGGCACCCAUAUAAGGGUAAAUACAGAAGAACAUAAAUCAAUCACUGUGGGUCCAACAAACCCAUUUGAUAGUAGACACAGACGUGCAUCCACAGCUGCUGUAUUUUCACAAGAAUGUUCUGGAGAAACACAAGGAAUAUAUUGUGCUGACCCUUCAUAUGAACUGCCUCAACAGAAAGAGCACAUUUACACAUUAAACACCCCUCAGUGUCGUUCUAAACCUACAAAACGUAGCACACAAUUUGAAAAACAAAAGAGUUCUAAACCAUCAAAACGUAGCACAAAAGUUGAAAAACAAAAGAGUUCUAAACCUUCAAGAUGUAGCUCAAGAGUAUCCGGACAGAAGGGUGCUAAGUUGAAGGAAAGAGAUAUUCAGAAUAUUUCAAAUACAACAAUACCCAAUAAGUUAAAUAAUGGUUCUAAUUUAGAGACAAAUGGACUAAAGUGUAUGUCACAAGGCUUAAUGCAAUCCACUGUUAAUCUAGGUUCAAUUUCAGAUAAGCAUCAGGAAACUGUAUCAAAGAGUGAAAUAGGAUCAAUCCACUGUAAGAAUCAGAUUGACAUUCUUGUUAAUGACUCACAGGAAGAAUUGAAUGCUAUGAAAACUCAUGUGGAGGAAGGUAAAUUUGUGGAAAUUGUGUUAUGUGAAUGGGAUGGAAACAAAGAGACCUACACAGAAAUGGAAGAUGAUAAAUCUGUUUUGAAUUCAAUAAUAGUUGACACUCAACUUGAGUUUCGUGAACACGGCGCCACAAAUAAAAGUGUAACAAAUGAACCAAAGCAGACACAUAGUCAACAGUCUCUCAAUGUUGGUAAUCAAACUAACACACACUUGUUGCUCUUGGACAACCUCAUUUCGAAUACCUUUACUUGUUCAAUCUGUAAGGAAGAAUUCGGUCUAACAAAGGUUUAUGAAAAUUUCGACGAGCGCUUAUGCAUCGAUUGCGCACGUAAGAGGGGUGUUUUAUCGCUUUCUUUGUAUAACCUAAUUAAUUCUUAUGAUGGGAAAUCCAGUUUAUCCCCUACAUUUUUUGAUACAAUUGAAAGAGGUAGAAGUGGAAUAUCCAGAAUGACAAGUGAUAAAUCUGUGGAGGAAGAAAGUUCUUCAGCUUUGAAUUCUAGUUCGACUAAGGCAAACAAGAAACAGAAGUGUAUACAAUCAAUUAAUUGUUCAGAAGUCAAGGACAGCUUAGGAUCAUCUACUUCGGAUAAAUCGUUAUAUAGAACAAACAGAGAGUAUGGAUCUCAAGAUGUAAUUCUAUCACUUAUUGAUGCGAAUUCUACAUUGAAGGGAUCUAAGAGCCGAAAUGUUAUAGAUUUAGUAGAUCUGACAUCAAAUUUAGAAUCGGUUCAGCAAACAUUUAUCAAUGAAAACAUAAUAAAUAAAGACCGAUAUGAAACUGUGGAAAAUUCAGCCACUGAACUACCGCAAGGGGCGAAAAAAUGUGCUUCUAUCAAGCCUUAUGCUCGACCUAUCAGUCAUAGCGCGCGGGCUGCAAACCUUAAGCACAAAAAGUCCAUGGGAAUAUAUAGACAGAGUGAAAAGGUUAGAAAGCAGAACAAAGCAAUAUCCAUGAAAAAAGUAAGGGAAAGUGCACUGGUUAUAGAACAAAAAAAUGCAAAGUCUAUGGAAAAAGGCAGAGAUAAUGUAUUGGUUACACAACAGAAACAGUCAAUAUUCAUGGAAAAAGCAAGACAAUCUGUUUCCAACGUAACACGACCAAAAACUUAUGCGAGUAGCCUUAACACAGAGCAAACUGCUAGUCAUUGUGUGUUUGAAGGUGAAUUAUCAGUUAAUAAUAGUGAACUUUCAAAUUUGGUAAAGCAAGCACCAAUACAUGAUAUUGAAAGAGAACCUAUCCAAUCCAAUGAACUGGUGAACAGUUUAGAGACUGAUUUGCAUGGUGAAUUGCUUUGCACAAGUGUUGGAAUUGAAUCAAAUCUUAAUUUUAAAGAGGUGGAAGCCAGUGUAUUGAUACCAGAAUAUGACCAAGCUCAAAGCAGUGGAAGUAAAAUCGCUAGGAUCGAGAAGGACCAACCUGGGAAUCAAGAAAGUAGCAAGCUAUGUACUUCAUCUAGGCAGUUUAGUUCCACUGAACCAAAUAUGGAGCAGAAGCUUGUACAAUCAAUGGAAGUUAGUAGUUCUGAAAUCAAAGCAGUCCAAGGAAUUGAUUCAACUUUGGAUAAGUCGUUAUCUAGAACUAUAAGUAUGUAUGGGUCUGAAGAUAUAGAGAUAUCAGCAUUUGAUCCACACCCUACAUCAAGUCAAAGGAAGAGUCCAGAGGUUAUAAAUUUGGUAAAUCCAUUGCAAUUGGAUCCUACUUCAACAUCAGAAUUAGUCCAGCAAACACUUUCCACCGAAAAUUUAAUUGAAAAACUCCCAUCUGAAGUUAUGGAAAAAUGCUCAAGCUGUUCUUUUGAAACAAGUUUAUUUAUUUAUAUGGGUUAUUUUGAAAACAAUGUUUCAGCAAAGAGACCUUUAUGUACAGAAUGUGCCUUCAAACAGGGUGUGUUGUCAUUUUCUUUGUUUAAUCUUUUAAAAUCUCAUGGAGAGGAAUCUACAUUAGAUUCUUGUCGAAUCCCCAAAACAGGCAACACAGUAUCAAACAUCCAGGAAAAGAAAACUAUCGGGAAUAUAAAUGAUAUGGAAGAAAGCCAAAGCAGUGUACAAGAUACUGUAAUCAACUCGCAGUGUAAAAUUGAAGAUUUUUCGGCAACAAAAUGCUGUCAGAUAACCUUGAAUGUGAAUAGAAAUGAUGUUAUUCUUGAUGGACCUAGUCAGCAAAAGGAGGACGCUGUUGUAGAACCGACACAAGAACUUAUACAAAGAUCAGUUUCACCUGGUGCUGACACGUUUAGUAUCAUAGCAAGACAUAGCAAGAAUAGUAAACUGAAAUCUAGAAGUGUUAAUCCAAGUGUUACAGGCCACACAUUUUCUGGUUCAGAUCAUGCCAAACCAAACUCUGCAAGUUGUGACAUCCCACACGAGUCUUCAGUGGCAAUACAGCCAGAUGCAAAUGAUGUCUGUGUUGAAACACCAGGUUGUAAAGCAGAACACGGCCAUAUUGCAUCUAAUACAGAUCAGAAAAUCAACAUAGUGAGAGGAACAAACCCAUGUGUCAGUGAACGUGGAGAUGCAUUAGCAAGAGUUGUAUAUUCAAGUGAUAUGUCAUCCAUAAACACACAGCAAUGUACGUCAGUUAGUAGGAAGCGAACAAGGAGUACAUCGAAACAUAUUACAACUUUAGGGAAAUGUUGUAGGAAGCAGGACACGAUCAAUGAUAUUAAACAGGAUAAUGUGAAACUACCACAAAAUGCUAAGAAAAUUCCCUCAUUCAGGCAUCUUGGUAGACCUACAAGACAAAGUGCACGGGCUGCAAAAGAGAUGUUUAAAAAGCCAUUUGGAAAACACAGACAUAGUGCACAAACUACACAACAGGACAUAGAAAAAUUAAGGGAUUGUGCGCAGGUUGUAAAACAGAAGACUGCAAAGUCUAUAGGAAACGCCAGACAAAGUGCAUGGAUUGCAAAACAGAUGUAUGAAAAGUCAAAACACAUACAUAAUGCAAAAGCUAUAAAACAGAACAUAAAAAAAAUAAGGGUAAGUGCACGGGUUGCAAUACAGAUGUCUGCAAAGUCUAUGGGAAAAGAAGGACAAAGUGCAAGGGUUACAAAACAAAAGCAUGCCAUGUCUAUAGAAAAUGGUAAUGAGUGUUUUUCUGGCUUUGUCUGGCGAGUGCCACCUUUUGAUAGUAGCCCUGACAUAGAAAAAACUUUGAACAAUUGUGUGUUGGAUGACCAAGGUCCAUUAUCAGUGAGUAAUGGUGAAAUAUCAGAUUUGGUUGAGCCGACAUCAAUUAAUGAUCCCCAAAGAGAAAGAAUCUCGUGUAAGGAAGUGUGGGGAAACUCCGUGCCUGAUGUGCAUGACGAAUUGCAAACUGCAAGAGUUGGUAUUGAGCAAUUAAAAAUGUGUAAUACCACUGGCAGCAAGGCUGUCAUAUUGGCUCCAAAUGAAGAGACUGACAAGGUUGACAAGUCUAAUGUUCAGUCAAUUAUGUUACCAGAUAUCCAGCCUUAUUUCACAACACAACCCGGUCAAGCUAAACCGACAGCAAAUGAAACAAAGCCAACUAAAAGCAAUCGGUAUCCUUCCCAUGCAUUGUUAGACAAGCUAAUUUCGAACACAUUUAGAUGUAUUAGCUGUGCUGGAGAAUUCAGUUUAACAAAGAUGUAUGUUAUAUCUGACAAACAUUUUUGCAUCGAUUGUGCAUUGAAGAAGCGUGUGAUAUCCAAUUCUUUAUAUAAUAUUCUUAAUUCUAACCAAGUGGAAUCCAGUUUACCACGAUCAGAUGAUGAAAACACUCGUAGUUGUAGGAUUAGAUUAUCAAACAAAUUUAAGAUUCAGCAAUACAUGACAGGUAACCGUUUAAUUAAUUUUUAUGACAAAGUAUCGUAUAAGUUUUUUGCUAAGAAACCUAAAGAAAGUACUUCUAAACUUCUUACAACCGUUGGUAAGUGUGGUAGAAAGCAGACCACUGUAAUUGAUAAGGAUAUUGAGCUUGUUGAUAUCCAACUGUCUACAAAAGUAGCCACUGAACUACCUCAACAGACAGAGACGUUUGCAUCAUUCAGGCCUUUUUCUAGUUCUACAAGACAAAGUGCACAGGCUGCAACACAGAUGCAUGAAACGUCCAUAGGAAAAGAAAGACAUAGUGCACAGGUCACACGACUGAAGAGUGCAAAGACCAUGAGAAUAGAAGAUAGACUGAGUAAACGGGUUUCACAACAAAAGAGUGCAAAUUCUAUGGGAAAAGACAGCACAAGUGUUUCUAAUAUCGAGAGACAAACACCAUUUAAUAGUAGCCCUCACCAAGAAAAAACUGGGUAUCAUUGUGUGUUGGAUGUCCUUGGUCCAUUAUCAGUGAAUAAUGAUAAAAUAUCAGAUUUGGUUAAGCAAGCAUCAACACAUGGUUCCAGAACAGGAAUAACCUAUUCUAAAGAACUGGUGAAAAAACCUAUUACUCCUGUACACGAUGAAAUACAUACAGCAACGUCUAGUUUGAUAGAAAUCAAAGUGUGCAAUGCAACUGACAGAAAGUCUUGUGAAUUGGCUUCCAAUGAAGUGUUUAACAAGGAUGAUACAUCUUUCUUGAAGUCUGUUUGCAUAGAAACCAUUGCAGAUAUCCAGCCUGAUUGUACAGACCACCAGAACAAAGUUAUAACAAGGGUCUUAGACAAACUCGUUUCCAAUAUAUUUAAAUGUUCCAGUUGUGCUGGAGAAUUCGGUUUAACAAAGAUGUAUGUAAUAGCCUUCAAGCGUUUAUGCAUCGAGUGUGCUCUGAAGGAGGGGCUUUUAUCGCUGUAUCUUUAUAAUCUUUUAAAUUCUAUCAACUUGGUAUGCAGUGUAUCCCUGUCAGAUUGUAAUCAAACUCCGAGUAGUAGAAAGAAAAUAUCCAGGAUCAAUAAAGUGAAACCUGUGGGCAAAGACAGUAGCAAGUGUUUAACCUCACAUAUGCACGAUUGUUCAGCUCAGCCAGACAAGAAACGAAAGCUUUCCAAAUCGAUGAAGGGUAGACAGCUAAGUACAACUGAAGGCAAACGGUCAUCCAAUUUUGAUCAAAACUCCAGAUCAGGCAUAACUGGGGGAACUUCAACUUCCUAUCAGAAUCAUGCAGUACACGAAACUUUACCAAGUUGUGAACAUCUGCCUUCAUUAGAAGCAACAAUAUCAGAUUUUGUAGCGCCAUCAUAUGUGGAUCUGACCACAUCAGAAAUUGUUCAGCAAACACUUACGGGUGCAUUUAGUGAAGACAAAGUCCAGACAAAUCUGCGACAAUGCUCAAGCUGUGCUGGAGAAAUCUAUUUAACAAGGGUUUUAUCAAGAUCAAAGAAUGAUUUAUGUAUAGACUGUGGUUACAAACAAGGACUUAUGUCGCUUUCUUUGUAUAAUAGUUUGAAAUCUCAAGAAGUGAAAACUCCUUCAGAUUCUUGUCGAAUCCAAAGCACAAGCAGCGGUAUUGCGAACGUCCUGGAAAAGAAACGUAUCGGGAAUAAAAAUGCUAAGGGCCUGAUCAGAAUUGAAAACCUGGUUAAGGACACCCCUGCUGUAACCGAAGCCACUGGGACUGCACCAGCACAAACGACAGAAGACAUGCCAGGGAUUGAUGGGCGAAGAAAGACAAAACAGAAGUUUAUGUUCGGCGAACAACACGGAAUUCCCAAUGAGUCAAUUUUCUUGCAACGUGAAGACACUACAGAUUUAGUCACCACACGUGACUUGGCGCCGUCCACAAAAAAGCUCAUGCACUUGAAAGAGAUAGGGAGUGUUGAGAAUUUGUUCGUCUUGCCGGGAUGUGCCAUGCAAUCCAGCGGUAUUCUCAAAUUGUUCAAUAGAAAUUUGAAGACCAGGCAGUGUAAAGAGAUUGAGACAGAUGAAAAUAGGAUGGAACUGGAAGCAAUGGAAAUCAUUAGGAAGGAGGAACGAUCUGUCAAUGACAGUGAAAAAAGUCUCACCAGUGUACUAAAUAGUGUAACUGAAUCGCGUGGCAGAGCUGUAGAUUCAUCUGCAAGCAAGUGCUGCAAGCAAACAUUAGUACGAACUACUAGUGAUGAAAGUCGUGACCCGCCUGAUCUGGAAAAGGAAGCUGCUGUUGAAAGAUCACUAACUGAACAUGCAGAGCAUGGACAUAAACAAGAAAGAUUACAUUCCAAUUCUUGUACCCCUGCUAGGCAUUGCAAGAACACUAAACUGAAGUGUAAGACUGAAAGCCAAAGUAUGUCGGUGAAAACAUGUUCUGGAUCAGAUGCAGUAGAAGAGCUCGAGCUAAGCCAUAUACGUUGUGUCAAGCUUCAAAACAAGCCUUCUUCAGUAAGACAGCAGGAGUCAGAUGAGAGGUGCGAAGGAAAAGGAUCAUCACCAUUAGAUCAGAAGUCCACAUCAAGGAGAACUGAAAGUCAGAUAGGGUUCAAUUCGGCAGAACCCUUACCUUCGGAUCAGAUUCCUUCAAUGGGUGAUACUGAGAGUCUGUAUGAUGUUGGGCAUUCAUCUUUGGAUCAGAUGAAUAAAACGGUGGAAACUGAACUAGGAGGUAUUAAUCUGUUAAAUUCAGAUGAGAACAAAACCUUGCGGCAAAAUCAGAGUUCGAACGCCUUUGAAGUGUUUGCUCUAUCAGUUUUGGAUCAGAGUAAUACAUUGGUUAAAAUGAAUGGUCCAUGUAAAAAUCGGUCUAAGGUCAAUAUGUCAGUAACUUUUGAACAUCCCCCUUCAUUUGAGGGAACUAAGAUGCCUUAUGUGUCAGAUUUUGAAGAUUCAUCAUAUGUGGCUUUGACAUCAGACACAGGAACAACUUCAGAAAGUGUAAAGGUCAAUAUGUCGGCAACUUCAGCACAUCCCCCUUCAUUAGAAGGAACGAAGAAGCCUUAUGUGUCAGAUUUUGAAGAUUUAUCAUAUGUGGACCUGAAAUCAGACACCGGAACAACUUCAGAAAGUGUAAAGAAAACACUAACAGAUGGAUUUACUGAAAUCAAAGUCCCUAAAAUUCUGGCACGAACUCGGACAACUUCAGAAAUUGUAAAGAAAACACUAACAGAUGAAUUUACUGAAAACAAAGUCCAUAAAGUUCUGGUAAAAUGCUCAAGCUGUGCUGAAGUAAUCUUUUCACAUGUACCUAAGGUUUUAUCAAAGUCAAAGACUUUAUGUAUAGACUGUGGCCUCAAGCACGGACUUUUGUCGCUUUCUUUGUAUAAUCGUUUAAAAUCUCCAGAAGGAGCAUCUCAUUCAGAUAAUGCAAAAGUCCAGGACAUAAACAGAAUUGGUAUUUAAAAUGGGACAAAAGGCCUUGCCAUGUGUAUAUUAGAUCGUAACCAAAUCCUGCGCAGAGCUGAGGUUUUCCUAGCAAGUAAGCGCAGGAAGGAAACACAAGCAGGGAAUUCAAGUGCUAAAAUUCUUGAUGUGUCUUAGCUUGAAAAGGAAGCUGUGAUUGUACGACAGAUACAAUAGUUUGAAAAUAGCUGUUUGUUAGUUUCCACUGCAGUUGAAAAUGCAGAACCUUCAGGGUCAGGAUCCUCAGGAAUCAUUGGUAUGACAAACAUUUAAAUAAAUAGCAGUGCUGUUACUGAUCGUGGAAAUUGACUAACAGUAAUGCAUUUAAAUUAUCCAAAUACCAUAGUUAGAUCGUAAGAGAGAUAAAUUGUAGAAUAGGAUUGUAUAUCAAAGUGUGUCACGGCGCAACAUUUCUGGUUAAAAUGAUGUUGAAGAGUAUAAGCUAAACCGCGCAAGUCAUUUAUUAUGAAUUAAUUAUGUAAGGUGUUAGUUUUUAGUCUUAAUUGGAGAGCUCAUACUUAUAUAAAGGGCAUUUACUUAUGUAAUGAUAUUGUUUAAUAAAAUUUUAUAAAAUAUCUUAAAUUUACUCGUGUUUUUAUUUUUUAGUUUAUUGUUUGCAAUCGUGUGUUCUGAUGAUACUUUCAUAUCCGUUGAUUAUGAUUUAAUUUAACCCUUUACCACUUAGAUAUAUACAUUGACGCAUUUAUAGUUCCUCAGAAAGAUACAUUUAAUCAAAGACAUGCCUUACUAGAUUCAAGUUUUUUUGGCUUCAUUGCCAACCCUUAGAUACUGAUCAGCAGCAAACAGCAUAACAUCUGAACAGACUGCAAGUUACUCGCAGGCUGUUCUGGUUUUAUGCUGUUUGCACAUAGCCAUUUUCAAUUUGCACCAGAGCGGGAAAAGGUAAAUUCCUGCGCCUUCGAAAUUGUAAUCUUAUUGACUUAAAACACAGUUUUGCAUAGUAUUACCUUUUUAUGCCCCCUUCGAAGAAGAGGGGGGUAUAUUGCUUUGCACAUGUCGGUCGGUCUGUUGGUCUGUCGGUCGGUCCGUCCACCAGGUGGUUUCCGGAUGAUAACUCAAGAACGCUUAGGCCUAGGAUCAUGAAACUUCAUAGGUACAUUGAUCAUGACUCGCAGAUGACCCCUAUUGAUUUUGAGGUCACUAGGUCAAAGGUCAAGGUCACGGUGAUCCGAAAUAGUAAAAUGGUUUCCGGAUGAUAACUCAAGAACGCUUAGGCCUAGGAUCAUGAAACUUGAUAGGUAGAUUGAUCAUGACUCGCAGAUGACCCCUAUAGAUUUUCAGGUCACUAAGUCAAAGGUCAAGGUCACAGUGACCCGAAAUAGUAAAAUGGUUUCCGGAUGAUAACUCAAGAACGCUUAGGCAUAGGAUCAUGAAACUUGAUAGGUAGAUUGAGCAUGACUCGCAGAUGACCCCUAUUGAUUUCAGGUCACUAGGUCAAAGGUCAAGGUCACAGUGACCGGAAAUAGUAAAAUGGUUUCCGGAUGAUAACUCAAGAACGAUUAUGCCUAGGAUCAUGAAACUUAAUAGGUAAAUUGAUCAUGGCUGGCAGAUGACCCCUAUUGAUUGUCAGGUCACUAGGUCAAAGGUCAAGGUCACUGUAACCCGUAAUAGUAAAAUAGUUUCCGGAUGAUAACUCAAUAACGCUUAUGCCUAGGAUUAUGAAACUUGAUAGGUAGAUUGAUAAUGACUCGCAGUUGACCCCUAUUGAUUUUCAGGUCACUAUCAAAGGUCAAGGUCAAAGUGACCUGAAAUAGUAAAAUGGUUUCCGGAUGAUAACUCAAGAACGCUAAUGGCUUCGAUCAUGAAACUUCAUAGGUACAUUGAUCAUGACUCGCAGAUGCCUCCUAUUGAUUUUGAGGUCACUAGGUCAAAGGUCAAGGUCAUGGUGACCCGAAAUAGUAAAAUGGUUUCCGGAUAUUAACUCAAGAACGCUUAUGCCUAGGAUCAUGAAACUUUAUAGGUACAUUGAUCAUGACUCGUAGAUGACCCCUAUCGAUUUUGAGGUCACUAGGUCAAAGGUCAAGUUCACAGUGACCCGUAAUAGUAAAAUGGUUUUCGGAUGAUUACUAAAGAACGCUUAUUCCUAUGAUCAUGAAACUUGAUAGGUAGAUUGAUCAUGACUCGCAUAUGACCCCUAUUGAUUUUCGGGUCACUAGGUCAAAGGUCAAGGUGACCCGAAAUAGUAAAAUGGUUUCCGGAUGAUAACUCAAGAACGCUUAUGACUAGGAUCAUGAAACUUCAUAGGUACAUUGAUCAUGACUGGCAGAUGACCCCUACUGAUUUUCAGGUCACUAGGUCAAAGGUCAAGGUCACAGUGACAAAAAACAUACUCACACACUGGCUGUCACUACAACGGAGAGCCCAUAUGGGGGCAUGCAUGUUUUACAAACAGCCCUUGUUAUUUUUUUUAUUUUUUUAUGUUCAUUGUUUUCUGUUAGGAAAAAUUCGAAACAGUUUAUCAAUGGCGUUAGAUACUUUUUGCCAUUAUGUUCACGGCUGUUGUAUACUUGGUUUGAUAACUUGUUGUUUGUUUUUUCCAAAGGUACCAUUGACAAAUGUAAAUGCUUUUAGUGUAUGAAAUUGAAAUAAUAUUGUAAGUGGAUUAAAAUGUUUCUGGUGAA